AUGGAUUCAGAGAGCAACAGGAGUCUGGAGAAUGCUGGGAACAGGACCUGCCACGAUCAGCUGGCUCUGAAGAUGAGCAUGAGCAAGAAAAUGGUGAUGCUGACUAACCCCCUCCAUGCUCUGGAUGUGCCUCUGGAAAUGAAGAAAAUCUUCCCAGAGAAGCAGGGGGAGAUGGGGAGUGAGAGGGUCAAGAUGACGAAGACCUUGAAAGAAAAGCAGAGCGGUGGCGAGCUGGACAGAGCUGGGCUCAAGAGGAAGACAGAGAGCGAGGAAAAGCCUCUGCCCCUGAAGAGAGAGGCCCGGGUCACCGAGCUGGAGAGCCCCCUGAUUGCUUUGCCUCUGCCCCACAUCCCUCUAAAGAACAUAAUGGAUGUGGAGAUGAAGCUGGUCUACAUCGAUGAGGAAGACGUCACCUAUGAAUUCGUUGAGUCGCUGGUGUCCACCGGCUCCCCGGCCACCUGUCGAGCAGCUGAAAUAGUGGACUCUCUGAAUGCACCUCAUUUCAGCUUCCUGCCCCAGAUUGACAAAUGGCUCCAGGUUGCCCUAAAGGACGCCAGCACCUGUUACAGGCAGAAGAAAUAUGCCGUCGCAGCAGGGCAGUUCAGAACAGCCCUUGAGCUUUGCAGUAAAGGAGCUGCUCUGGGGAAGCCUUUUGAAGCAUCUGCUGAGGAUAUUUCAAGUGUUGCUAGUUUUAUUGAGACAAAGCUUGUCACCUGUUAUCUUCGGAUGAGGAAACCUGACCUUGCCUUGAAUCAUGCUCACAGGAGCAUUGUUUUAAAUCCAGCCUAUUUCCGGAAUCAUCUUCGUCAGGCAACAGUGUUUAGAUGUCUGGAGAGAUAUUCGGAAGCGGCCCGGAGUGCCAUGAUUGCUGACUAUAUGUACUGGCUAUCAGGAGGAAGCGAGCAGUAUGUCAGCAAACUCAUCAAGUUGUACUGGCAGGCAAUGAUCGAAGAAGCCCUCACCAGAGCAGAAUCCUUCUCAGUCAUGUACACACCAUUUGCAACGAAAGUAAGGGCCGACAAAAUAGAGAAAGUGAAGGAGGUUUUUACAAAAACCCACCCUGCAUAUGUGGAGUAUAUGUACACAGACCUUCAAGGACUCCACGUGCUGCCUCAGACUGUUGACUGGUCAUCAUUCCCUCCCCAACAAUAUUUGUUGACACUUGGGUUCAGAAACAAAGAAGAUGGAAAAUUUUUGGAAAAAAUGUCUAGUAGGAAGCUGCCCACAUUUACAGAGCACAAAACCCCCUUCAGCCCGCUGACCAGGGAGGACGCAGCGAGACACAUGGAGACGAUGGGGAAGAGGAUCUUGCCAAUAUUGGACGUUAUCCGAAGUACUAAAUUAAAUGGGAGUUUCCGGGCAUGCUCUGGCGUGAUUGAGAAGUUGCAGUACGCCAGCCUCCUCAGCCGACUGCAGAGAGUCAAGGAGCAGUCCCAAGUGAUUAACCAAGCAAUGGCUGACUUGGCUACCAUCCCCUAUCUCCAGGACAUCAGUCAGCAGGAUGCUGAGUUGCUGCAGUCGCUAAUGUCAGAUGCUAUGGACACCCUUGAAGGAAGAAGGAAUGAUAAAGAACGGGUGUGGAAUAAAAUGCAGAAGGUUGGGCUAAUUGAAGACUUUCUAUACCAAUUAGAGGAUAGUUUCUUAAAAACCAAAAAAUUGAGAACAGCCAGGAGGCAGAAAAUGAAAAUGAAGCGGCUUCAAAGUGUACAGCAGUGCUAG